GGUUUGGGGGUCCCCCCACCCCCCCCCCCCCCCUUUUUUUCCCCCCCCCCCCACAGUUACCGGUACUGCAAGAACAAACCCUACCCCAAGUCCCGCUUCUGCCGGGGGGUCCCUGACCCCAAAAUCCGCAUCUUCGACCUGGGGAGGAAGAAGGCGAAGGUGGACGAGUUCCCCCUGUGCGGGCACAUGGUGUCGGACGAGUACGAGCAGCUCAGCUCCGAGGGUAAGGGGGAGGCUUUUUAG